AUGGUGAAAAGGAAAUUAGGAAGCAUUCGAACAGGAAAUGAGAAGGAAAGUGACUUCAACAAUUCUCCACCGAAACCUCUUUUCCCAUCAAUUCCAAUGGUCAUACUCUUGUUGGUUGUUGGUGUUAUAUUUGGUUAUGUGUUUCAUUCAGAAAUUUCCAAAGUUGUAAAUGCUGUCUCAGAAAUAAAAAUAUCAUUUUCACAAAGUCCUAAAAUUGUCAAAGAGGUGAAAGAGCAGAAUAAAGUGGAAAAUGAAGAAGAACAUGUAUUUGAAAAUGCAAAAUAUGCCAAAAAUUAUGAAAAUUUUGAAAAUGACCCUUACGAUGCAGAAUUGCAAAAAUUAAAAGAAAAAUAUAAAAUAUUGGAACAAAAUCAAGAACAUUCUCAAAAUCAGGAACAAAGUAACAUAAAGACAGAAAAAGUUGAAGAAAUUAUUUUUGAAGAUGAUGAUGAUAUAACUGAAGAAGAGUAUAUGAGAAUUCGUCGUGAAGCAGGCGUCUUGAAAAAGGAAGAGACCUCCAACAAGAAGCGAAAACCAGAAUUAAAGAAAGUGGAGCGGAAUGAAGAUUUGAUGGAAUCAGAAAUUGAAGAAUUAGACAUGAAUCAUGAUUCAGAUGAAGAACAAUCUGUUGACAAUGAUGUUGGAAAUAGCAAAGAAUCACCUGAAACCCAAAAAGAACAUGAUUUUGAUGAUGAAACAUCAAAAUCUAUUUCUGAUAACAAUUUUAAUGAUUCUCAAACACGAAAAACAAUUUCCAAAGGUGAUUCUGAAGACAAUUCAAAAACCUUUGUAUCAGGAAGAGAAAUUUCUGCCAAAGAUAUCGCAGAUGAAUCUGUAACAGUUGAAGAUGUUGACAUUGAAGGUGAAAAUGACAAGAAUUCUGAGAUUAAACAUGUAACUUUUGACAGUUUGGACGCUCGUGAAGGUUGGACUGUAUCUGGGGAUGAAAAUAUCAUCAAAUUUGGUGGCAGAAACAGCAAAAAAUAUGUCAAUUUGAAAGUUGAUCAGGACUCUAUGAAAAACAAGGGAAAAUCAGAAUCAGCUAAAAAUAAGGUCAAUCAAGACAGUAUUAAGAACAAGGCUACCAAUAAGCAAAAUUCUGUUAAUGCAAAAUUAAAGAAAGAAACAGAUUCAAAGACUGCUAACAAUAAUGAUAAAUCAAAAUCCAGAUCCAAACAUGAAAAUUUGAAGGAGAAGCAAAAACAAAAAGAUGGAGUACAAGAUACAUCUUCAGAGUCUUUAAAAAAUGACCCCAACUUACCAGAUGAGAUCAAGAAUUUUAAGGCAACCUUUCAGAAGACUCUGACCCCUAAAAAAACUUUCAUUGAUGGGCGUCGGGUGCCAGCUGUAGAAUUAUUACCACAGAAAGAAACAAACAGCAGUGUCAAAGUAUAUCUAUUUGAUGAGUUUCUAUCUGAAGAAGAAGCAGAUGGAUUGAUCAAAGCUCAUGACGCCCACGUUAAACAAGCUUCUCAGAAUCCCCCUAUUCUAUGUUUUGACAGUGUUAAUACUCUUCAAAAACAUCUUAAAGAUGCUAAGAAAAAAAUCAGAAUAUCACCCAAAGAUUUUACUGAAGGAACAACUUGUGUCAAUCAGACAUUUUCUGCCAAAUUAAAGAAAUGGUUGCAUGGUAAUUGGAGUUACAGUACAGCUUUUUAUCCUGGAGAGAGUCGUUUUUCUUCUAUUCUAGCCUUUCGAAUAAACAACGCCAUGGGUUUGAAACCCUCUCAUGGUGGAAAAUUUCAACUGACAUCUUAUCCUAUUGGUAAAGCAUAUAAAACACAUACAGACUGUAAUGUAGGGAGUAUUGAUAAACGAGAUAGAAUGGCGUCUGUUUUAAUCUACCUUAAUACAGUUAAAGAUGGCGGCAAAACAGAGUUUCCAGGAAUCUGGGUGAAACCAAGGAAAGGUCGAGCGUUGCUAUGGAAUAAUAUGAACAGUGAUGGAGUCUGUGAAGAAACAUCACGGCACGAAGCUGCUGUUGUUAAAAAGGGACAAAAAUAUAUUCUCAUUAGAUGGUAUUAUUAUCAGAAUUUCUAUUCCUUGGGAAAACGACCAGAGGAACCAAACCUACCAAAAAGAAAAGAAGGACAGCCAAGAGUAUCAUGUGAUGAAUAUAAUAAUGGAAGUUGUCGCUGGUAUGAUGAAUGGGGCUAUGAUCAUUUACUAGAUUAUCAACAACAAAAACUUACGCUUAUUUAA